AAAGAAUCAAAAGGAUAAGAAUUUGAAAAAAAGCGCCACGCGCAUAUAAUUUCUCUUUUUUAUGACUACUUACCUGAAUUAAACAUAGAUUAUAAGUGAAGUUUCAGUGAUUUUUUACGAAGGCUGCUCCGAGUUUUCUACUAUUUCUGACGUCACGCAGGGGUGGCGACUGCGUCGCUUGGCAGCAACGGGAGAUAGCGCGCUUUAACGGCUGCUUUCAUACACCGAAGUUUGCAACCCUGUCAUCACCUUCAUGCCGCUCGCCAGCGAACGGAAUAGAACACGCUGUCUUCCCGCUUUAAAUAGUGAAGUUCCGUUAGUACCUGGAACUUUAUGUUGCGAAAAUAAACAUUUUUAAUUACGUGCUCAAUGUUUUUCAAAGUACCUGAUUUUAUUUUAAACUUUUUUUUUUGGAGAAAUAUAUGUUUUUAACUAAUACGAUAAAAAACCACGUGGGCGUGUAAAAUCAAACAAGUGUGAUCAACAAUUUUAAAUGUCAAAUUUAGAUGGAAUUGAUUGUAAAGUAACUAUUUAAUCUGUCAUUGCAAGAAGAUAGUUUUUCUGUUUUUAUAUAAAUAGAGAUUGUUAUUUUAAGUAUUUUAUUAGAGAUAAAAUUUUUAUUUUACUGCAGUUAUAAUAUUUAUGGUUCGAAAGUUGUUUUUAGUACAGACCUAGUAAAUCUCAAUCUAUCCAAACGUAAGAGGAAUUGCUUUAUAUUUCGAACCAUCAUCAAUAAAUAUUACCAACUAAAAAUUAUGCAUGAGGAACAUUUAAAGAAAAGACAAAUAAAAUUCGCGUUUGAAAAUUAAAAUAAAGGAUAUUUUUUGUGGAUUUAUGAAAAAUUUAUGUAUAAAAUAAAGUUAUUUAAAAUUGGAAACUUUUUGAGGAAAUGAAAAUCAGAAAACAUUCUUCCUCGUACUAAAGUUGCUCAAAUAGUUAGCUGCUUUAGUUUUUUUUCUUUCUAAAUGUAUGUUACAACUAUGUGAGAUUCAAAUCAUGUGAAUAAAUGAGUUAAAAAAUAAACAUUCCAGAAAAAUAAAUUUAAUUUUUUGAUGAUUUAUAGACUAAUAAAAGGAACUAUUGAUUUAUGACAGUUAAUAGAUGGAAUCAUCAUUGUCUUUUAUAUUAUUCUUCAAAUUUAUAAAAUCUCAAAGAAGUGAAAUUUUUUUAACUAGAGUUUAUAUAACAGCAUCAGUGAUUAUCUUUAUUGCAAAUGAAUUUUAACUUAAUUCAUGGUUUUUGCUCUUUACAAUUAUGUUCAAAACAUGCCUUUGAAAAUAGAAAACAAAUGUACAGCUCAUCAUCGAAAACGCUCCAAAGGCAGAGAUCGACGAAGUUACAUCUCAAACUUUGGCCUGUUGGAAAUUUUAAAACUAAUUUUAAUCAUAUUAAUUGUUUUGCUAUCUGAUGUGUCGGCUGAAAUAUUUACUGUUGGAUAUUUGACAAACAUCCAUGGCAGAGAGAACCCCCAGAAACAGGGUCUGGUGAUUUCAGGGGCAAUAUCAUAUGCCUUGGAUCAUGUGAACAAUAAUGCAUCGAUACUUAAAGGUCAUAAACUUCGUUUAAUAUACAAUGACACAGAAGGUGAUACAUUGCAAGGUACAAAGAUAAUUAUACAGCAAUGGCGGGAAGGAGCUGUUGCAUUUUUUGGACCUGAAGAUUCCUGUGGUAUAGAAGCUACCGUCGCUGCGUCACUUAAUUUACCUAUAAUAUCUUACAAAUGCUCUGAAUCCAGAAUAUUUGACAAGAAUUUUUACAAAACCUUUGCUAGAACAAAUCCAUCAGAUAAGGGAGUAGUGCGUUCCAUUUUAGCUUUGCUCAAAUAUUACCGUUGGCGUAAGUUUUCUAUAUUAUCUGAAGAAAACAACCCUUACAUGACAGUUGCUCAAAGUCUAGAAAAACAAGUAUCUAGUUAUCCGAAUUUCACCAUCAAUCACAAAGGCAUCAAAUACAUCCCUAAUCUUCAUGUAUGCUGUGAAGACAAAAAACCUUGCUGUACAGAUAAUUUUUCCAAGGUCGUGGAAGAAACCUAUAAGACAACAAGAGUUUAUGUAUUUUUUGGAAGAUUAACGUACCUCAUAGAACUGCUGACAAAAUUACAAAUGAAAUUGCUUGAUAUUAAAGAUUAUGUGAUUGUAUAUAUUCAUCUAGAACAAUAUUCUGUCGCUGAAUCGUAUCAGUACUUUUGGCGGGUUGACAUGAGGCCUUAUUUAAAAGAAAUGGCUAUGAAAGCUGCAAAAUCUCUUUUAGUCAUUGUACCUAGUCCUCCUCAUGAUAAAGGAUAUCAUGAUUUUGAAGAGAAAGUUAGGAAUUAUAAUUUUGAAGAGCCUUUUAAGUUUCCAAACAAUCUCCCAUAUCCAAAACAUAUCACUGAAUUUGCUGCUUAUUUGUACGAUUCUGUCAUUCUUUAUGCUGAAGCUCUAGCUAAAACUCUCGAAGAAAAAGAAGAUCCAAGAAACGGAACAUUCAUAAUACAGAAGAUUAUAGAAAAGGAGGUUUAUCGGAGUGUGACUGGAGCAUGGAUGCAUAUUGACACUAAUGGAGACGUCGAAGGCAACUACACAGUUCUCGCUUUGCAACAAGCUCCACCAAAUCUAACUCUAAAGGGUAUUGGACGUGGAAAGAAUCUUUCUCAUCUUAUGCUGCCUAUGGCCAUAUUUCAAUAUGAUGGUGGAACAGGUGAAUCGGUGUUCACUUUAUUGGAUGUCGAUAUACAUUGGGAAGCACCUUUAGAUGAACCUCCGUGCGGUUUCAAUGGAAAAGGAUGCUAUGAUCCACCAAGUCACAUUAGAGAAAUUUUCACUGGUGUAUUAGCAUUUAUCCUACUUGUUGUUUGCGUAGCUAGCUGGAUUAUGUAUAAAAAAUGGAAGUAUGAGCAAGAAAUUUGUGGUUUACUUUGGAAAAUUCCUUUGGAGGAUAUUCAGCGAUAUGGUUCAACUGGAAUUUUAUCAGCAGGAAGCAAAAUGAGUAUCCGUUCCGAAGGAUCUUUAGAAUCCAAACUUACGGGGCAAACGUUUACUCACACUGCACUGUACAAAGGAACAUUGGUCGCAACAAAAACGUUGAAAUUCAAAAGCCGCAACAUUGACAUCCCUCGAGUAACGAAGAAAGAAAUGAAAACGAUGAGAGAGUUGCAUCAUGAUAAUAUUAACCCUUUUAUUGGCGCCUGUGUUUUGCCACACUACAUAAUUCUAGUUACAGAAUAUUGUGCAAAAGGUAGUCUAAAGGACAUACUUGAAAAUCCUGACAUUAAAUUGGACCAUAUGUUCAUAGCUUCCUUAGUAUUUGAUUUAAUAAAGGGUAUGAUAUUUCUUCAUGACUCUGACCUGAAAGUUCAUGGAAAUUUAAAAUCAAGCAAUUGUGUAGUGACCAGUAGGUGGGUUUUGCAGAUAACUGAUUAUGGUCUGAGAGAACUGUGCACAGCAGCUGAAGAUGAAAUAUUUUUGAACUAUGACCACUAUCGAAAGAUGCUGUGGAAAGCACCGGAAGUCUUGCGCCAACCAUCACGGUAUCCAAAAGGUACGCAAAAAGGAGAUGUUUAUUCUUUUGCCAUUAUUCUUCACGAAAUUAUCUUAAGGAGAGGUCCCUUUGGAAAUAAGCUUCCAGCUGAAGAAAUAAUAACUAGAGUUCAAGAAGGACCAGAUAAGAUAAAAGGGGACGUAUUUCGCCCAUCAUUAGAAGAUGUAGAUGUUCAGGAUUAUAUCCUGCAUACAAUGAAUGACUGUUGGAGCGAAAAUCCAGAACAAAGACCAGAUUUUCGCCACAUCAAGGAAAAACUGAAGCGCAUGAAAGAUGGGAUGACAUCAAAUAUAAUGGAUAACAUGAUGGAUAUGAUGGAACGAUAUGCUAAUAAUUUAGAAGAUCUUGUAGAAGAGAGAACGUCUCAGCUUGCUGAAGAACAACGAAAAACUGAGGCACUUCUACACAGAAUGUUGCCAAAGUCUGUUGCAGAACAGCUUAUGAGGGGAGAAGCUGUUAUUCCUGAGUCAUUUGAUGCUGUUACCAUAUAUUUUAGUGACAUAGUUGGAUUUACAGAAAUGUCAGCAACAAGUACUCCAAUGGAGGUUGUUACGUUUUUGAAUGAUCUCUAUACAGUAUUUGACUCAAUCAUCAGUAGCUAUGAUGUGUAUAAAGUGGAAACGAUUGGUGACGCUUACAUGGUUGUAAGUGGCUUGCCUAUACGGAAUGGAAACCAGCAUGCCAUUGAAAUUGCCAGCAUGGCUUUGGAGCUGAUAGAGGCUGUGAAAACUUUCAGGAUACGGCACAAGCCUAAUCAGUCACUUCAGCUUAGAGUUGGAAUUCAUACAGGUCCAGUAGUUGCUGGAGUAGUUGGUUUAACGAUGCCGAGAUAUUGUCUUUUCGGAGAUACUGUAAAUACUGCAUCUAGAAUGGAGUCAACUGGUGAAGCCUUAAUGAUCCAUUUAAGUGAUGACUGUAGAGUAAUAUUGGAAGAAUCAGGUGGAUAUGACAUCGUCUCAAGGGGAUUUGUCAACGUAAAGGGUAAAGGUGAUUUACUGACAUACUGGCUAGAAGGUUAUAAAAACCCCUGUGAACGAAGAAAGAAUGCUUAUCGGGGUUUCAUACAACCUCAAGCAAUCUUUAACAUUCUUGAUUCUGAGAACAGAAAGAGAAGUCCGAAAACAGAAUUUUUACGCAGAAUCCCAGCUGCUCAAGCUCAUCGCUCAUUGGAGGAUAGUGUCUCGCUGUUUAAUGGCUCUGUUCCUGGGAAAGGCAACCUUCUUAAAGUCGCUCAGGACAGCCCAUUAGUUAAAAAACGCUCAGGUUUAGCUCAAACAGUGGUGAAAAAGGACACAUUUCAAUCUGAUCCGUGGGAUGGCAACGAAAGCGGAUGUAACGUAGCUUUUAACAUUGCCAACCCGGAUGCAUUAGACAAUACAAACAAUGCUACAAUGAAAUUAUCUACUUCUACGUACAAACUAUCACCGACUGAACAUAACAAAAUUGUCGGCGUGGAUCAUGAUAUUUCCCAUCCCGUGACAUCUGAUGAUGUUAAAAAGCCUCUUCUUCUCGCAGAGGAAAGGUUAGCGUACCUGAAAAAGCUUAAAGGAAAAUAUCAACCUUGGCGCAGGUCAUGGUCAGCUGAUAUUAUCGACCAACCCAAAGAAAGAAAACAUUUCUUACCUAGUAUUUUUCAAAAUGCACCUCACUUUCCUGAUUCAGAUUCAAAGCGAACAGUCGGACCACUUCACACACUGAAAGAAAGCGAUACGGAGGAAAGUGUUGUAUAGCCGUAAGGUGAAAUGAAAAUCUAUGGCACCAAUUAUCUGUGAUAUAUGUUGACUGGAGUUCUUGUUGUUGUUUAUUUGAUUCUUGCUGUUAUAAACAUUUCAAUCAUUCUAAAAUUAUUUGUUAAAAGUGAGUAGUUGCUCAAAAUAUUGGAUCUUUUAUACAUCCAUUU